AUCGUCUUUGACAUCGUAAACAGGGUAGUUUUUCCGUUUGCAUCUGGGUUAACUUGUUCCGUAAUCUAUUUGAAAAAUGGAAAACUCUGAAAGCAAGAAAUCAGUUGAAGACAUGCUGAUUAGAAGAAGUCUUCGGAGGUUAUCGGUGGUGUUCCAGCAUGUGAAAAUGACAUCAGCAUACAACUUCAGUACAUCCACGCCUGACGAUGUUCUCACCGAAAUGAUUGGUACAAAAGGAGUGAUCACCCUCAACAGACCCAAAGUUCUAAAUUCACUGAACCUCUCCAUGAUACGGAAAAUAUAUCCUAAAUUAACAGAAUGGGAAAAUGACCCUCACACAACCAUGGUGAUUAUGAAAGGAGCUGGUGGUAAAGCAUUUUGUGCUGGAGGGGAUAUCAGAGCUGUCACAGAGGCUGGAAAGGUUGGAGACAGGUUGUCUCAGGAUUUCUUCAAAGAGGAGUAUAUACUUAAUAACAAAAUUGGUACAUAUGAAAUUCCCUACAUAGCAUUAAUUGAUGGUAUCACAAUGGGAGGGGGUGUUGGAUUAUCAGUCCAUGGAAUGUUUCGAGUAGCCACAGAAAAAACAUUAUUUGCAAUGCCAGAAACAGCAAUAGGUUUGUUUCCUGAUGUUGGUGGGGGAUAUUUUUUGCCAAGACUUGGAGGAAAGUUAGGAGUGUAUCUUGCUCUCACUGGAUUCCGAUUAAAGGGCAGAGAUGUGCUGAAGGCUGGGGUCGCUACACAUUUCGUACAGUCAAAUAAAUUACCAGAAUUGGAAAGUACCUUAUUAGGAUUAGAAAAUGCCCGUGCUCAUGAUGUUGGAGAAGUUCUAGACAAUUUCCAGCAAAUGAGCACGGAUAUACCAGAUACUGAUUUUGUCCUUGAACCCCACAUGGAGGAGAUUAAUCGACUUUUUGAUGGCAACACUGUUGAGGAGAUUGUAGAAAACCUGAAGAAGGAGGGAUCUGAGUGGGCUGAAAAACAGCUCAACACGCUCAACAAAAUGUCCCCUACAUCAAUGAAGAUAACAUUACGGCAAAUUUUGGAGGCGGAGUCAAUGACCCUGCAGGACGUACUUGUAAUGGAGUAUCGACUCAGUCAACGGUGUGUAGAGGAUCAUGAUUUUUGUGAAGGAGUCAGAGCUGUAUUAGUGGAUAAAGACCAGAAUCCAAAGUGGAAUCCAGCAACAUUAGAAAAAGUCACUCCACAAAAGGUGGACUGGUAUUUCUCACCUUUACCUGCUGAAAGAGAGCUAAUGUUAUGAACAUACCCGAUGAAGUUAGAGUACACCACAGGUAUUACAACCUUCUAGUUCUAGUCCAUGGAUGAUAUAUCUAUCAUCGGAAGUGUAUUGCAUAUCGCUUUGCUAUGCUAUUAAGGAGACAGAUACACUUCAUCAUGUUUAUUCAUUCCUAGCUUCUGGUGCGGUAUUUAUCAAUAUUCACUGGUCAGUUUUUGUGAUCAGAUGAACAUAAAUUUCAAAUUUUCAAAAACGUCAUGAUAUUUUAAAAAUAAUAAAAUUCAGUUUAAUUGUUCUCUAUCUCUGUAAAAGAAUAGCACAUUCCUUUGAAGUGUUUUGCUCAUAAUCAAAACAUAAACAAGAUGACAAUUAAAUCAAACUUUUCUGGAAAAUCUUCAUUAAAGAUAGUCACAAAUACAAAUAAAUCUCAUGAAUUAAAACAUAUCAUGAAGAUUAAGAUAUAAUAUAGUCUGCAUACACACAUAUAAAUAGACAAUCAGUAAAUCAUUGAAAUCAGCAUUAUUCAUCUCAUCUGUGUCCAUCAAUGUCUCUUUGUUUGAAAAUAUAAAAAUAAAAGAUAUUUUACAAAUGGUU